AUGCUUACUCUGUCUUUCAUCACUCUCACCGUCCUCUCAGUCUCAGCCGCCUUGACCGCAGCUUCAGCGGCCGAUGCUGUACCGAACCAAGUUGUACUAGACACAGCAGGACAUCCGGUUCAGUCCAAUGUCCAAUACUACAUCAUACCGGCAAAAACGGGAACCGGAGGUGGUCUUAUCCCUUCAAGCCGAAACUCAAACACACAAGACUCGUGUCUGAAUCUCGUCAUUGCACAGUCUUCCUCCCCAUUCGUCUCAGGCCUUCCCGUAACUUUCUCUCCACUCAACACCAAAACCAAGCUCGUCCAGCUCUCAACUAGUCUCAGCCUCGAGUUUGGUUCUACGGUUUGGUUAUGCCCUGAAUCAAAAGUGUGGAGAAUCAACCACUCUGUGCAAUUGAGAAAGAGCUUUGUAAGCACUGGUGGUGAGAAAGGUAAAGGACAUAGCUGGUUUCAGAUUCAGAAAGAUGGAGAUGCUUACAAGCUUAUGUAUUGUCCGAUUAUCGCUUCUGUUUCGUGUAUCAACGUUGAUUUGGAGGUUGAUGGUCUUGGAGUUCGACGUUUGGUUCUUAGCAAUGACCAAUCUUUUGCUGUUAAGUUUCACAAGGCUUAUGAUGAUUCAAACUCCAACUGUAAUCUUAAGUCUAAUUCGAGGAUGUUCCCGUUUUUCUAA